GCUGCACAGGAAGUACAGCAGGGCAGGCAGCAUCACCCAUGGCUGCUAGUUAGCUGCUGGUUAGCACGUUGGCCGAUGUUUAUCACCGUAACGUUAUAGCUAACAUAUUACCCUUGAAUGCAGCAUUAUUUAUAAUUUAAUGACUUUCCGGUGGCGCAGUUUGUCAACAUCAGGGCAAUGUCGGACAGAAAGCGAAGAAGAGAGAAGGAUGACCGACGAAACAAGAGACACAAGUCGUCCAAACAGGAUUUUGAGAAACUCAAAACACACACGAAAAAACUCAACCAAAAAGUCCAACAACUGAAACACGUUGAGACGUUCUAUGAGAAACCUCCACCAGGACUCAUAAAGGAGCAUGAGGACAAACCAGAGGACUGUAUUCCUGCUGAACCAGGAAAUGAAGAAGCCAGGAGCUUCCUGGCCCACGCCCCCACCAAAGGGCUGUGGAUGCCUCUCGGGAAGGAGGUGAAGGUGAUGCAGUGUUGGAGAUGCAAGAACUACGGCCACAGGACAGGAGACAGGGAGUGUCCGUUCUUCAUCAAAGGCAACCAGAAACUAGAGCAGUUCAGAGUGGCUCAUGAAGACCCAAUGUACGACAUCAUUCGGGAAAACAAAAGGAAUGAAAAAGAAACCAGGAUCCAGCAGCUGCAGCAGAUGCUUCAGGACAGCACUUCCUCCAAUUCAGACAGCUCCUCCUCCUCUUCUUCUUCCUCCUCUUCCUCCUCCUCAUCUGACCACCAUCGAAGCAAGAAAAGGAAAAAGAGGAAGGACAAAAAGAAGAAGGACAAGAAGAAGAGAAAAAGGAAACAAAAGCACAAGUCCUCCAAAACCAGUGACUGCUCAGAUUCAGAUUGAGUGUUUGGAACAUGCUGAUAAGUCCACUGCGCAUGACUUCUCCCAGCCGUUUAAUUUGCUCCAGGGUGACAACUCGCAUUUGCAUCUUCUCUGUUGGAUUGUACAGCACAGGGUCAUAUGGCCCAGCUGCUUAAGUAAGUGUGUGUACGUGUGCCUUGGUGCAUGUGUGUCAAAAAGCAUUAGCUGCAUGGGCUGCAUGAAUCCUAAGUGAUAUAAAAUGAGCCCGCUGGUGUAAGAGAUAAUGCUCUUUUUACAUGGUCCAAUAAGAUAGCAUGUCAGCAAAUACAGUGUGUUAUUAAGAGAUUGUAUUUUCCACCAUAUUUUUGUAUCCCUGCCAUCUCGCUGGUAUUAAAUACUUUGAUUGUAGAGUGUGUUAAACGCAGAGAGGUGAAAAAAAACGGAGAACAGUUAGAAUUUGUCUUCCACACAAGCCAGAAUGUUUAAAUGCUUGUGAGUGUGCAUACACAUUUGAAAUGAUUUGAGGUUGGAAUAUGCUCAUUUGCUCUUAAAAAAAAAAGCCACAGAGAUGGGGAAAGUAUGUAUGUGAAUGUGCUCCAUUAUUCUGAGAAUAAAUAUGGCUCUCUUCUCCA